CCUUGGCACUGCAUGCUGCCACCUCUUCCUCCUCGUGCCGCGCGUGUAACAACGACGAGCAGGUCAUCUGCUGCAGCAUUACCGCAAUCCUUCUCUAUUUGUACCCUCGCACCAUCGAUCUGCACACGCCGCAGAGACAUCGCGGAGCUGCCUGGCCCAUCCGACGCUGUUUGAGCCAGCCGAGACGAGACCGUUUACCUAGCAACCACGCCUCGAGUCUGCCACCGCAUCGCAUCCUCAGCCCACGCUGCCGCGCCCGACCCCGACUGCAAUGCAGAGUCGCAUGAGACGGCAGAUUGCGAAUGGUCACGACGACGACGACAAGAACCGGUGCAGCUGAACGUGCGGGUCAUAGCAGGUGCGUAUGAGCUAUCUUAUCGUCCCAGAACCAGGAUUCGCUCUCUCCACCCGGAGAGUGGUGAACCGUGAACGCUGCGGGUCCCGUCAGCAUGUCAACAAUGCUCCCUCUCCCUCCUCCCACGCCGCCGGUGCAAUGUUCGAUGUGACGUCGGUGGGAUCCCAGUACAUUAUCGAGACCGUCUCUGACUUGCUGUCCAAUGUGCAGGUCCCAGGCCCAAUGCCCGAUGCGAACGAUGGCACCCGCAAAAGCCCCACGAAGAAGACGCCGGAAAAGACAAAAGUGGCCGAGUUGACGACACAGCGACUGGCGAAGCGAAAGUCGCAGGACUUCGCUGCAAAGAUCGCGGGAUGGAACCAACUAGGUGGAGGCAUUGUCACGCCCGAGAUCGAGAAGCCGAAGGCCAAGCCAAAGCCCAAGCCAGAGCAGUCACAGGAUGAAGUGGUGGUGGUUCUCGAUGCCGCGUCCGAGGCCCAACAAGACGACAUGAUUGUGGUGGAGACCGAAUCUACGAUCCCGGCAGACAUCAUCGAAGUGACACCUACGUCGCAACCAGAAACUCCUAAAAACUCACGAUCUCCCGGGAGGGCCGUCUCAAAGCCACUGGCUGCAGUUCUCACAGGAGAGAAAAAGACGGGAAAAGAGAUUGACUUCGAACGAAAAGCAUGGGUCAGACGCAAAAGCAAGCCGCAGGUUGAAGUGCCGCCAGAUGUCAAGGAAGCCAGCGCGCCUAAGAAGCGUGUAGUAAGUGAUGGCCACUGGAGACGCGACAGGCAGCUUCAACCACAGCCACAGGCGAGUCCCGAGAAAGAAGACGACAAGGCGAAGACACCAAAACCCGUGUACAUCCGGAAGAGCGUGGUAAACGUGGGCUUGAAGGUGCCAGUAUCGCACCAAGAUUUCACAGAAUCCGAGCCAGAACCCGAACCAGUACGAGUGCGACCUCUGCGAUCGAGGUCCCCAAAUGGACGAGAACGCACGCCAGACUACGAGAGCAAAGGCACCAAGGUCUACGUGCAACGACGAAAGCGGUCAAAACAGAACGAGUCAGAGAGCAGUUUUACAGCACCUUCCUCGACAGACAAGCCCAGCACAGCGACCACAGAUAUCACGAGCCCAAGCAUUUCCCCACCGCGACCGAAAUCAGCGCCACGGGAACGUUCGCGUAAAGAGCGAAGUGGUGAUGAAUUACCACCACGGCCAAGUACUGCGAGAAGGAGCAAGACUCCGGUGGAAGAGAAUGCCCCCAAAAGGCAUCCUUCAACGACUGCGGAAGCUUUUGCGAAACGUAUCACUCAGCGCAUGCAUAAUCCAGACAAGCCACCGACACCCCUGCCCAAAGUGUUUGGCAACCGCAUUGAAGGAUGGCUCGAUGGCAUGUCAGAUCCUUUCAACGAGACCAGGUCAUCCGACACGCCCGAACCCCUGAAGAUUCCCAAAAAGAAGUCGUCUAAGCAGCUUCACCUCGAUACUGAUAUUGAGAAGAACACCGAGAGCCGCAAGAGCAGCGCGAAACAGCGAAGUGCUCCAGAAGAGCAUCGGCGAGAAGUAAGUGGGAAGCGCGACUCAAAGCAAGACAUACCGGCGAUGUCGCCAAUAAGCCCAACGACACCAACGCUUAGACGGCGAGGAGCCAAGCACCGCGCUGAGUCCCCUCUGAAAAAUCGCAUGUCGCAAGAUACUCUGGAUGACUCGUCUCGUGGGGAUGAGGCGUUGAUGAGCGGUGGUAACCCGGACGCCAUGCGACCCGGCCGCCGCGUUCCAUCGAAGCGGAAAGAUGAUCGCUUCAGACAACUGACCACCAUUGCAUCUGACGAAACGCUCAGCACUCGUGAUCGCGGUCAUGGCCGCGCGUACUCGGACGAUGCGACCACAAUUACUAGGACCAGUGACGGCGAUGUGCCAAGAAGACGGUCGACUCGGCGUAGGAUGGCGAAGCACGAUGAUCUGAUAUCCGUUCUUUCUAUGCCUCAAGACGACGAACGGCGCGUCGUUCCUGCGAAGAGCAUACGGCGAAGCAGGCGGAAACCUGGAUUUUGUACCGUUGCCGAGAUCAUGAACGAGCUUUCUACGGACGAGCUGAAAUACCAACGUGAGCUCAGGACGUUGGUCGAGGGAGUCAUCCCAGUGCUGCUCAAGCAUGCUGUUUCCGAGACAUCCAGCUCGUCACCUGGCUCCCGGGUGUUUAGCCGCUCCACAUCUGACCCAUCCGUGACGCGGCCGAUCGUGGACAUGGGUGUGGCCUUGGAAAGGCUGAAAACAACGCAUAAGCACAUUCCUUUGCACGAACCGAGUGAGCUGCUUGUAUGGGCACAAUCCGCGUCUAAGGACUACAACACCUACUUGCAAGCUUGGCGCUUGGGUUUCAAAGACAUUGUCGUCAAUUUGGCACGCGCGGAGCGCACUCCGCAGCGCAACGGCUCAUCCUCUUGGGACCACGACCUGCCUCGGAAUAAAGAUGGUGACCUCGUGGAUAGCUCAGGUGAACGUGUGGAUGUCGCGUACCUCCUCAAGAGACCUCUGAUCCGGAUCAAAUACCUUGCCAAGACUCUGAAAGACAUCAACCAGCUCCAACCUUCAGCAAAUGCAGAGGACAUGGCCAAAACAUAUCAGGAUUUGAUCGCUGCCGCGAAGAAGCGUGUCAGUGAUGAGCAAGCUCGAUUGGAAGAUGAAGCAGCUGCAGCCAUUUAUGCCACCAGGGCACGAGAUCCACGAAGUCUGGCCCCAAUUACCGGAGUGAGCAUAGAUCACACCAGGUCUGUGCGUGCAAGAGACUACUUCGAUAUGGACUUGGUUCAUUCCAGUGGUCAACAACUAGGUUGCAAGAUCGAAGUGAUCUACAGAGACGAUGCACCCAAUCGAGGGAAAGCAGGCGAUGUCCUGUUCUGCGAAGUUUCGUCGUUUGGACGCUGGCUAUUAUUUCCGCCUCUUCCGCAUGCCUUGGUGUCAGCAAGAAAAGGCGACAAGCCCGGUGAGCUUGUCGUAAUGAUCCGCGGCUUCAUGUCCAACGCGAGACAGUGGCGUGAGGUCCUUUCGCUCCGAUCUGAGGAUGACAUGACCGCGACCGAGUGGCUGCAGAUGCUCGGAUCAUCUCCGAUGCCGCCUAAAUUGUCCCGCAAGUCGAGUUUCAAUAUGUACAAGCAGAAAAGUCUGCCUGCUGCAGACUCGGAGGAACCAAAGCUAAAGACCAUAGCUGAGACUGCUGAAACAGCGAACAAGAGCAGGGAUCCUUCGCCGCGAGAGAUCGAAGUACCGAUUGGGGAACGAGUCACCAAUGGCAGUCGGAUUUGGGACGGCAGUGAGGUCAAUAGUGUUCUGGACGAUGAACAAUCCCUACCUUCCACGCGACCACGGCAACGAACACAGCCAGCGCGGUACCGUGGUCAUACCCUCUCAUCUCAAGAUAGGCGAGACGAACUUCAUCACAGGUCCCGGGAUGAUGCUGCAGAGCCUCAUUACGACAGACCGCACAACAUCUCUUCUGCACCUGGGCAGCGUCGACCUUACUCCCUCCACACACGCUCACAGUCGGAGUGGACUGGUUCAACAGUAUCCUCUGAUCGCACCACUGACUAUACCGUCUGGAUGCCAUCUGAGGACGCGUCUACACGCUACUCAGAUGAUUCGAGCGAUGGUGAAGACCCAAUCGGACGGCGAGAGCAUCAAGCAUUACGUCCGAGACUGCACCGACGUACCUCUUCGGUUCCGACUAUGGAUUUGCCAUCGAUUCAGAAGGUCCGAAAGCCAGGUCGACCUGAAAGUCCUCCAUCAGACCGGGACGGUCUGCCGUCACAGAAGAGAGCGCACGAGGCGCCCAGGGCCGAUGAUCCUUCCUCUAAGGCGCCUCAGCUACAGCAGCGACUUUCAAUAAGGAGGAAGAGUGACGAGCGGGACAGGCCUCCGCCUCCUCCGGCCCACAAGGAGAAGUCUAGGCCAUUGUCGCUGGGAUUGGGCCUUACGAACAAGAUUCCCUCUCUCACGCCAGCCUUUAUGAGGAAGAAUCGUCGGCCUUCCUCGCCUCUGAAGCACGAAUAUGCGCCGUCUUCAUCGUCCGAUUCAUUGUCUGAUAGUGACUACACUGAUUACGACGAUGAUGCCUCCGUGACGUCUGAAUCAACAAUUGAAGACCAGGCUGAGCGCAAAGAAGCUUUGCAUGAAGACAUCUCCACCGUCGGAGACCUCAGAGGAUUCCGUGAUUAUCAAAAGUCAGGACCAAGACGAUCGCCACCGAGAUCGCCCCCGCCAGCACCGUCUCCAGCUACCGAUCCAGAGACACGCCCAAGCCUUCCAGCCACAAGUCUUGCGCCAUCGGAAUCUGCUUCGCAAGCACCUUAUCGCACUGUGCCAGACACAGGUGUUGAGCCGGCGAAGACAGUCGCAAACAUAUUCUCCUGGUCCGAGCGCGGGACGUGGGACAGCCUGCACAUGGAAGAGUGCCAGAUUUUUGUAACGCCUGGCCUGAUUGAAGCCUUUGAUCUGACCCAAGCCAACUCCGUAUCUCCGCAGACAAAUGGCCAAUACACCACACCCUCUGCCCAGGGUGUGAAACCACUCGUCGCGCUGGAGCUCACCCCACUUGUGCCCUUGCGUAGAGGUACUGCCGUGGACAUCACAGUCCGCUCGCCACCGUCAGCAAACUCGUUGUACAAACCUGGAGCUAAUAUUAUGUUCCGAUCACGGAGUCCCGAAGAAUGCGAAAAGCUAUACACCCUGCUCAACCGAGCUCGAAUCGAUAACCCGACAUACGUUGCUCUGCAAAAUGCUCGAGGACCAACCAAAGAGAGCAACUGGGGCGAGAUCAUGGAUCAGAACCGAGACGACCAGUUUAACAAACGUCGUUCGUGGUGGAAUCUUGGCUCGCGAAAGAGCACAUCUUAUCGCUCGAACGGCAGCCGUCCGCUGUCCACUGCAGCAACAGAAUCCUCUGUGGGUACAAUGAACACCGCGUUCUCAGCGUUGCGUCGUUUCAGUGGGAGCAACAAAUUCUUCGACUUGGCCAAGAGUACUAUCACAAGUCGAGAGGGAACACAGAGCACAAACAGUGAGAGCCUCAACUCUGGAGCAGCAACUCCGGACCUCGCUUUUGAUCCCUCCAUGGGAACACCACUUGGCAUCACCGGCACCAAAGUCCGACUUUAUGUUCGCGAGUCGGCAUCGAAGUGGAGAGACCUUGGCUCCGCAAGAUUGACGGUCAUGGUCCCUCCGCGAGCUGACCCAAGUAUUCCUGCCAAUCCAAGGACUACUGGUCUGGAGAAACGGGUACUUGUGACUGGUAAGAGUCAAAACGAAGUUUUACUUGAUGUCACUUUGGGUGAAAGCGCCUUUGAGAGAAUCGCCCGAACUGGCAUUGCUGUCAGUGUCUACGAAGUGAGCGAACACGUGGGUCACUCGGGCGGUGUUUUGCCAAACCGCACGACUUGCUAUAUGAUUCAGAUGAAGAGCGAGAGGGAUGCUGCUUAUACUUUCGGGCUGGUGGGGAAGUUGAGAUAUUAAUGAUUGAUGUUGCAUGAGGGGAAGGGAGCAGAGGGAUUUAGAGAGGGGAUGAUUCUGUUUUGUGCGACGAUUUAGCGGGCGUUUUUGUCAUUUGAAGCAUUCUUCUUUUUGAGCGAGCGCAACAUUGCGGUAUAGAGGGAGAGAGCAUAGGAAGGAAGGAGAGUGCGAAGGAGAGAAGCGGUAAUGCUUGAUUUUAUCUGCAUCGCGUGCGAAAGGGAGAGCUGAAUGAGAAGAGCAGAGAAGAGGUAUAUACCCAUUUCCCGUUGCGUUAAUGACAUUUCUUCAUCGACCUGUUCUCCUUCCCAAUGUGUGGUAACAUGCUGCACAAGUACGCUGAUACUCUCGUGCUGCGGUCAUGAGCAGUGACGCCUCAAUGAUAUCUGUGCUUUGUAAAGGGACGAUGAGAGAACGUGAUGUAUGUAUAGUAAGGGACCCUCUUGCGAUUCACAAUCUACAACAUGCUACUAUCAAAAUUGCCAAACACCAUAUCGAAUAUCAAACAUCAAU